AAAUUUUGGUCACGUGACCAACUCUGUUUACAUCAAACUUCAUACUCUCCUUGGUUAUGUUUCGUAGAAUAACUCACGCAUGCUUGUUUAAAAUUUAUUGAUGCCGUGAAGAAGUUUGUUAGGAGAUUAAGAUUGGUUAUACACAAAAGGAAAUCGUAUUUCAAGAUACGUUAGCGCGUAAGUGUUGAACAGAAACACCAAAUUUGUAAGUCGCGUACGUGUUUACAAUGUCAACCGAUUUUUAUAUACGCUACUAUGUCGGUCAUAAGGGGAAAUUUGGCCAUGAAUUUCUGGAAUUCGAAUUCAGACCAGACGGUAAAUUGCGGUACGCGAAUAAUUCGAAUUAUAAGAACGACACCAUGAUUCGAAAAGAAGCGUACGUGCAUCAGUGCGUGAUGGAGGAACUGAAAAGGAUUAUCCAGGACUCGGAAAUUAUGCAGGAGGACGAUUCUUUGUGGCCUCAGCCAGAUCGAGUCGGACGUCAAGAAUUAGAGAUCGUAAUCGGAGAUGAGCAUAUAUCAUUUACGACUUCGAAAACUGGUUCUCUGUUGGAUGUGAAUCAGUCACGAGAUCCAGAAGGACUGCGUUGCUUCUAUUAUCUCGUCCAGGAUCUUAAGUGCUUAGUAUUCUCUCUUAUAGGACUUCACUUUAAAAUAAAACCUAUUUAAAUACUUAUAAUUAUAUUCUUACUCUGCCCACAUUUAAGUAAAUUUAAUGUAAUUACUUGAUUGUAAGGAAAUACAUGAUAAUUUUUAAUGA